UACAACUACAAAAAAAUAAUCUCGGAGUCGUUUUCAUUUUAGGGUUCUUCCAAACUUCUCAAAUAAAUACAUCUUUCCCUUCCAUUUCCCCCCGAUCCAAAUCCCAUAAACUAAUACUCAAUUAUUAAUCACAAAUCUUCAUUUUCUUCUUCUUCGUUAUUACCCUAAUCACUCUUAACAAAAAAACAAACAAAAAUUAACACUCUUUCGAUUUUCUUCAACCGUUUUCGUUUUUCUCUUUUGAAGCGAUUCUAGGGUUUUGCGUUUUUUAUGGUGGAUAUGGAUGGAUUUGGUGGCGGGGAUGAUGUUAAGGGACUAGAUCUUCGUCAAUUAGCGGCGGGGGAUAUUCCUAAAGAAGGUGCAGUUUUCGAUGCGACACAGUAUGCAUUUUUCGGUCAAGAUGCUUGUGUAGAAGAAGUUGAGUUGGGAGGGUUAGAUGAUGAUGACGGUUUGCCAGAGUCUAAUGAAGAGGAGUUCCUUCUUAAUAGAGAAGAGGUUGAGGAUGUUAAAUCUCUUUCUGAUAUUGAUGAUCUCAGCACCGAUUUUUGGAAGUUGAACAAGGUUGAGAUUGGACCACAAAACACAGCAAUUUUUGGUGAACGGGGAUCAAGAGAAAAUUCUACGGCUGAAUGGACACAGAGGAAUGAUAAUCUUAACUGGUUUGACCAGAAUCCUUAUGAUAGUGAAGGUUCUCUGGAUGGCAGAAGACUGUCAUCACAGCCUUAUUCUUCUUUUGCCCCUUUACAAGAAUCAAACUCCUUGUAUAGAACUUCUUCGUAUCCUGAGCAGCAAAGGCAGCAACAACAACACUACCUCCAACAUGGCUCAAGUGAAUCAGUUCCUAAUCGGUUUGAUCAGCCUUUUCGUGAUUCUGAAACACAGGAUGGCAAACGAUGGUCAUCACAGCCACAUUCCAACAUUGCACACAUAGAAGAAUCAAAGUCUUUGUACAGUACAUCUUUAUAUCCUGACAAACAACAGGAGCUUCUUCAUUUUUCUAAUGAUUCUACUUUGGCACCAUUUACUUCCUAUCCUCCACCUGGUGGUAGAGCUCUGCAGUCUUCUCCAAGUCAUAAUACAGGCCCCAUAAACAUUCCUUAUCAUGCUGCAGGAGCUCAGAUGGCACUAUCUUCUCAAAACCGUUCUCAUUUAUCCAAUUCUGCACUACAGUUGGGUGGAUUAAACCAUGGGUCACCUUUAAGUGGAAACAUGCGCCAAAUUCCUAUGGGUUCCCCUCUUAAUCAGCGAAUACAGAAUCCAUUGGUUAGCCAGGCAGGGCUAUAUAAUGGAGCCCAUCCCAAGAUUUCUUCUGGUUUACCCAUGAUCAACAAAUAUGACCAGAUGCUUGGGAUGAUGGAACUGAGGGAUCAAAUGCCAAAAUCUGCUCAAAUUGGUAGACAGAAUCUUCGAUUUUCUCCUCAGGGUUUUGAUAUGAGUAAUAACCAUAAAUUCAAUAAUGGAUGGCCCCGAUUUAGGUCUAAAUAUAUGACGACUGAGGAACUUGAGAAUAUAUUUAGAUUGCAGCUUGCAGCAACACAUACAAAUGAUCCAUAUGUAGAUGAUUAUUACAACCAAGGCUGUCUUGCGAAAAAAUCUUCAGGUGCUAAAUUGAGGCGUCACUUUUCACCAGCUCAAAUAAGGGAAAUCCCUCUGCGGGCUUCUUCUAAUGAACCGCAUGCUUUUCUUCAGGUUGAUGCUCUAGGGAGGGUUCCAUUCUCAUCAAUUCGCAGGCCCCGUCCUCUGCUGGAAGUUGAGCCACCAAAUUCCUCACGUGCUGGUGGUUCUGAGCAAAACAUUUCAGAAAAGCCCCUUGAACAGGAGCCAAUGUUGGCAGCAAGGGUCACAAUUGAGGAUGGUCUUUGUGUUCUGCUUGAUGUAGAUGAUAUUGAUCGUUUCCUACAGUUUAAUAAGCAGCUUCAAGAUGGUGGAGAUCAUUUAAAACGUAAAAGGCAGGGUCUUUUGGAAGGACUUUCAGCCUCGCUUCAAUUGGUUGAUCCACUCGGAAGGAUUGGACAGACAGUUGAACUUGCUGCAAAAGAUGACUAUGUUUUUCUCAGGAUACUUUCUCUUCCCAAGGGUCGAAAACUACUUGCUAGGUACCUUGAACUACUUUUUCCUGGGGGGGACCUUAUGCGAAUAGUCUGCAUGGCCAUCUUUCGUCAUUUAAGAUUCUUAUUUGGUGCCCUUCCCUCCGAUCCAGUGGCAUCAGAAACUGUAAUUAACCUUGCAAAGGUAGUUUCAAAGUGCGUCCGUGAAAUGGAUCUCGUUGCACUUAGUGUUUGCCUAGCUUCAGUUGUUUGUUCUGCUGAGCCGCCACCUUUACGUCCCCUUGGAAGCCCUGUUGGAGAUGGGACUUCCCUUAUUUUAGUAUCAGUCCUUGAGAGGGCUACCGAAGUUUUAACUGAUCCUCAUGCUGCUAGCAACUAUAACAUUAGAAAUCGUUCACUUUGGCAGGCUUCAUUUGAUGAAUUCUUUGGUCUUCUCACCAAGUAUUGUGUCAAUAAAUAUGACAGCAUCAUGCAAUCAUUCCUUGCUCAAGGGACAUCAAAUAUGGCGGUCAUUGGGCCUGAUGUUGCUCGAGCUAUUAGUAGGGAAAUGCCAGUUGAGCUCUUGCGUGCAAGUCUACCACACACCGAUGAUCGCCAGAAAAAAAUAUUACUUGAUUUUGCUCAGCGCUCUGUAGUUGGAUAUAGUAGCAACGCUGGGGGUAAUGGUCACCAUGCAAACUCACAGUCGGUGAUGAGAUAAUUAGGUAAUGAGACAUUCAUCUAAGGAGCUGUUUUCAAAGUAGAAUGGCAGUAAAUUUCAUAACAACCUUGUGUUUCUAGUUACUUUGGAGCAGUUUGAUGUGGAAGUAUCAGGUGCAUCUACCUUGAAAGUUUUUUAGCAUCUUCAUAUCUUCUUUCUUGUUAAUGCAAUGUAGCAUUGUUAUAAACUUGCAAUCGGGCCCAUUGUGUAUUAUGAUAGACUUGGCUUGAUUUGUUCCUCUUGUCUUUUAUUUUCUUUUGACAGGGGAGCUUUUUGUUACUCAGUUUGUUGUUUCUAGGGAACAAUAGUGGUGGGUAGUAUGUCUAGGGUUAGGUUUAAGCUUAAUCCUAAUGUUCCUUUACUAUUAUCAUACAGGCAUGGGAUUGGUUUUGUCUAUUACUCCAUAACAUCUACCUUAAUAGGUUUCACAUGUCCAAAUUGAAGUAGCAUUUUGGGGUUGGCCAAUUUGACCAUUGGACAAGGUGGUAUUGGUAUGCCUAAUAAUGAGUUCUGUCAACCUUGUUUCACGGUGUUAAUGGUUUUAGUUUCAGUUUCAUCCUCUCUUCCUCACUAUUCAGUUGCGGUAGAUGUGUAGUUUUGUACCAUCUCUUGUUCUUCAAUUGGAGUAUUGUUGGUCUAUCUUUGUUGUCUCUACUUUAGUUUUUCUUGGUUUUCAUUUCAUGUUUAGCCAAAUAAUUUGGCAGUUUCGUGAUCUUUUAGUUUUAUGGGCAAUGUAGAGAAUUUUCUCAUCAUUGAAAAUAAUGCAAAAAGGGCAAUGUUGUUUUGAAUAUGUUUAUGAUAAAUUCAUGACCGUAUUGCUCAUUUAUAGAAUGGGGAGUUAAUUUGGUUCAA